UAGCUUGAUUUGGCGAUAACUCCUUGAGAAGCGGAGUGUCGGCAGAUUGGAUUUGCAGUGACAGAGAAAGAAGCGUUUCGUUCGUCUAGAUUUCAUUUUCAGUUUCUAAAUUCCAGCAAAACGUGUGGCUACCCAAUUAAUGGGGAACUCAGUCGGCCAUCGCAAACACCGUAACUCCUUUCCUCACUACCCCACACCUCCCUCCUAUAUAAAUGCUGCUCAGCCACACCUUCCAAACCCAAUUUCAGCUCCUCCCUCUCACGGCCAGUUCGCCGCCGGAAUGCUCUCUUUACCUUAUUCCCACGUCGACUCCAGUUUGCGUGCUCUCGCCGCUCAAGCUGAAGGCUUUGGUCGCUGUGCGAUCGGUGGGCUUCAUGGUCCCCUUUAUCACGUUACAACCUUAGCAGAUGAUGGACCAGGGUCACUUCGCUAUGGUUGUCGCAGAAAAGAACCGUUGUGGAUUGUAUUUGAGGUUUCUGGUACUAUUCAUCUUUCAUCUUACUUGAAUGUGUCAUCUUACAAGACUAUUGAUGGCCGAGGUCAAAGGAUUAAACUCACUGGAAAGGGUUUGCGGCUGAAGGAAUGUGAACAUGUAAUAAUUUGCAACUUAGAGUUAGAAGGUGGUAGAGGGCCUGAUGUGGAUGGCAUUCAGAUCAAGCCUAAUUCAAAGCACAUAUGGAUAGACCGUUGUAGCCUCCGUGAUUUUGAUGAUGGACUGAUAGAUAUUACUCGAGAAAGCACUGAUAUUACUAUUUCUAGAUGUCAUUUUUCUCAGCAUGACAAAACGAUGCUUAUUGGGGCUGAUUCCUCACACACUGGUGAUAGAUGCAUAAGGGUGACUAUUCACCAUUGUUUCUUCGAUGGGACACGACAGCGCCAUCCUCGUGUUAGAUUUGCAAAAGUACACCUGUACAAUAAUUACACCAGAAAUUGGGGCAUAUAUGCUGUUUGUGCGAGCGUGGAAUCACAGAUAUACUCACAAUGCAACAUCUAUGAAGCAGGGCAAAAGAAAGUAGCAUUUAAGUAUCUCUCUGAAAAGGCAGGGGACAAGGAGGCGGAAGCAAGUGGUCACAUAUGGUCUGAAGGAGACUUGUUCAUCAGUGGAACUCAGGCGGGCUUAAUGAGGGAGAGCAUGGGAGGUCCCGCAUUUCAUCCUAGUCAACAAUAUACAACGUGGACAGUGGCACCUCCUACAGAAGAUCUCAAACAGCUUCUUCAUCACUGCACUGGAUGGCAAUGCGUUGCACGCCCCCCAGAUCAGCCCCUGCCUGCAUAAAUAUCAAGUAAUUGAGUUAUAAAUGAUCCUAUCAUUGAGCUUCAUGUGUAUAUAAAUGUGUGGUGGUGAUUCACUGACUUCGUAGUGAGUUGAUCUCGUGCAUAAACUGAACUGCUUGGUUACUUAACCUGGGGUUUGUCCUUUUCGGUAUGCUAUUUGCAUGAAUAUUUGUGAAUUUUUUUUUCCGGCUUCUCUCUUGUAGGUGAAAUGAGUGUGCGUAUAAAAUAUUAGUACUAUAUUUGGACCUGUCAA